CCGCCCCGCGCGGCCGGACCCGGAAGUCGCGGGCGCGGCGGCGCACAUGGCCGCGGGGGCCGGGGCUGGGAGCGGGGCUGGCGCGUUGGGUGCUGUCGUGGCUGCUCUCUACACGGCCACGCUGCCGCCUGCCUUGCCCGGCGGGGAUGCGGGGGAGCUGAUCACAGCCGCAUAUGAGCUUGGAGUCGCCCACCCUCCCGGCUACCCCCUGUUCACGCUGCUGGCCAAACUGGCGACGGGGCUGCUGCCCGUCGGCUCCCCCGCCUACCGAGUCAAUCUCCUCUGCGGCUUGUUGGGAGCAGCUGCCGCCUCUUUGCUUUUUUACACGGUUUUCAGGCUUUCUGGCUCAUAUGCUGGAGGAAUCCUUGCUGCGGGGGUGUUUUCAUUUUCUCGUCUAACAUGGCAGUGGUCCAUCACGGCGGAGGUUUUUAGCUUAAACAAUCUGUUUGUGGGGCUGCUGAUGGCUCUCACCGUGCAUUUUGAGGAGGCAUCCACAGCAAAAGAGAGAUCAAAGAUCUCUAAACUUGGUGCCUUUUGCUGCGGGCUCAGUUUGUGCAAUCAGCACACGAUAGUACUUUAUAUCGUAUGCAUUGUGCCUUGGGUUCUCUUCCGGCUUUUCAGAAAGGCGGAAUUGUCCCUAGGCCGUUUGCUGAAGUUGGGUUUAUGCUUCUUGGCUGGUUUGCUGCCUUAUCUCUAUCUGCCGGCUUCAUCCUACCUCAGUCGAGCCCGUUGGACAUGGGGAGACCAGACGACUUUUCAAGGAUUUUUGACCCACUUUCUCAGGGAAGAAUAUGGGACAUUCAAUCUGGCCAAGUCCGAGACAGGAUCCAGUAUGAGAGAGAUGCUGGUUUUUCAGCUGGCACAGAUGAAGUCGGAGCUCUCCCUUCCCGUCCUCGCCCUGGCACUCGUGGCCUGUGUGAGCACAGCACUGCCGACAAAGCAGCAGAAGUCACCCGUGAUCUGGCUUUUCGCUGGAAUGCUCUGUCUUUAUUCCCUUUUCUUCUCUUGGAGAGCAAAUCUGGACAUUACAAAACCUCUGUUUCUGGGCGUGGUGGAGCGAUUCUGGCUGCAGAGCAACGCGGCGGUGGCUGUGCUGGCGGGGCUGGGGCUGGCCGCGCUCGCCUCGGUCGGAAGUGCCGCGCUGGAGGGCAGCCGGGCGCUGCCGUGGCUGGAGCGGCUUUCUGCUCUCGCUCUUGUCGUGUCUCAACUUUGGGCAAAUUACAGUGCUUGUGAUCAGAGCAACAACUAUGUUGUUGAUAAGUUUGCAAAGAAUCUGCUGUCCUCUAUGCCGGCGGGUGCAGUGAUUUUGCUAAGAGGAGACUUACCCGGGAAUGCUCUUCGUUACGUUCAUUAUUGCGAAGGGAUGAGGCCAGAUAUCACCUUAGUGGACCAGGAGAUGAUGACUUAUGAAUGGUAUCUACCCAAGCUGGCAAAGCAUUUACCUGGCGUUUACUUUCCUGGGAACCGGUGGAAUCCUGUGGAAGGAGUAUUACCUGAUGGGACACUUGCUUUUAAUCUCCAUCGUUUCCUCAAAGUAAAUAAACAUAAGGAAGUGUUUGUCUGCAUAGGUCUUCAUGAAGGGGACUCAACCUGGAGAAGGAGCUAUUCGCUCUGGCCGUGGGGUACAUGUGAAAAGUUGGUUCCUUCCGAUGUUGUCUUUGACCCAGGAGAGUGGAUUCGUCUCACAAGAAAUCUCUAUAACUGGACUGAAGACUACGGCAGUUUCAAGCCCUCUUCCUGGGAAGCUGUCGCCAACGAGGAGAUGUGGCAAGCCAGGAUGAAAACAGCUUUCUUCAUAUUUGACCUUGCAGAAACUGCCAGAGUGACUGCAGAAAUUAAAUCACAACUUUACACAUUUGCGUACACCUCAUACAAAGAAAUUGUCAACUCUCAUCCAAAUCACCCGGUGAACUGGCACAAAAACUACGCCAUCGCCUGCGAGAGGAUGUUGCGUCUCCAUCGGGUGGAUGUGGAUCCCGAAGUGUUGCUUUCUGAAACUGUGAAACAUUUCCUUCUGUACACCGAGAAAGCGGAGGAUGAUCCCCAGCGGGAGGAUAUUCUGCAGGCUGUGAAGCACCUGAAGAAAGAGCUGCAGGGGCUGAGGAAAAUGAAAGAAGAUCUGAGGCGGGGAGCUGGGUAGUGCCCAGUCCACCGCCCGCCUGCUGGAGUGCUGAAAUUUUUAAGUCUUAAAAUCUGAAUUAGUCCUCGACAACGUGAGAACUGUUCUAAAAGAUGACAGAAAUGGCAGCAGAGAAGAAAUCAAGCGUGAUUGCCUCCACAGGAACAUACUGUUGUUUGGUCUUUGAUUGCCGUUGCCAAAUGAACUGUUUGUAUUGUUUUGUGUGUGGGGAAAAAAGCUCAUCACUAAAUAAAAUGCUGGGUUUCAAAAAGGAGAGUUUUCUUUUAAAGGAAACCUGUGAAAUCUGUAGUACUAUGAAGAUCUUUUAAUUUUAUUUAUGAAUGUAGCAUCCUUUAUAGAUACAAAAACUGUAUUUAGCCUUUAAAUGUUUCUUCUGUUACUGAGCCAAGAGGUUUUUUACAGACA